AUGACCAGAUAUUCACUCUCUUGGGCUGAGCUCGCCGGGCUCGUCACGACCAUAAUUAAGAUGCCGCUCGCGAUAACCUGGGACCUAAUCGGGACUGCUCUAAAGCAAAAACGGAUUAGUGGAAUAUCCAAACCAGUAGUCGUAAGAGCUCUCCGGCGCUUGAAUGAGACAGCAACGAUAUCUCAACUUCAACUUCUGGCUGGCGACUCACGGGAGGUGUAUGAGUCUUGGGCUGCACGUCAGCGCCUGGACACAACGAUAGAAGACUUGGUCGAUGAGACAUACCUGUAUUGGAUAGGUCCCAAACGACGUGACAAGGUGGUGCUAUACGUCCCAGGCGGCGGAUUCUUUGCACCUCUCACUGACUCUGCCCUGAGCUUCUGGAAUUAUACAAGAGUUCAGCUCAAAGGCAAUCAUGGACUGGAUGCUGGUUUUGUUGCGCUACAUUACUCCCUACUUCCAGGAGCCAGCUUCCCUACCCAACUGCGCCAGCUUGCGGUUGCCAUUGAUCACCUUGUCGCCACGGGGACGCAUGCGCGGAACAUCUUCCUCGUGGGCGACUCUGCAGGCGGCAACCUUAUCCUGCAGCUUCUUUCGCAGCUAUUGCAUCCUAUGGAGCAGAUUGGCCCUAUCUCCAAGUUAUCGGAGCCCUGUGGUGGUGUCUACCUCAUGUCCCCAUGGGUUACCUUCGAGAGCAUCAGCUCUUCCUACACCCAGACGCGAAGCGAUGACUUCGUAAAUGGGAAGAGUUUGACUGAAUGGAGCAAGCUCUACACUGGCGCGGUCGCCGACUCGCAAAAGGCUUAUAUCGAGUUUCUGAAGUCGAGCACUUCGUGGUUCCAAGGGGUAUCUACUUUUGCGGGCCGGUUCCUCGUUUCCGUAGGAGGGGAGGAGCGCUUCCGAGACGAUGUCGUCGAAUUUGUGGAAUCACGACUUGCCAAAGUGUGUCCUGACGUUCAGUUAGAAAUCCAGGAGGGAGGUGUUCACAAUGAUCCUUAUUACGACUUCAUGGCUUGGGACAGGCCCACUCUGGUCUCUAGUCUUUCCCCUGUAAUUAUUAGUUGGCUCAAGGAUGGGUUAAAGAAGAGUGUAGAUUAG